GGCUGCCUUACCUGUCUGGGAGGAGUGAGGACGUGGCAGAAAUUGAGACGCUGACCUCCUCUUUGGGUGCGCUGGUACGUCAUUUCCUGUCGGAACUAGACCGAAGCUUUCGGAGAGCGGACAGGGAAGUGAGUGAGGGAGUGGAAACGAAGCCGAAAUUGAGGCGGUAAUACCAGAGUGGGGAUGUACACAAGAUGAACGUAAACCAGCAGCCACAUAUUUCCACUUCUUAUAUGCAGCCCCAGCCAGGUAGCUAUCAACAGCCUGUUUAUGCAGGUCAGCCAAUAUCUGGAGGGCCUCAGUAUCCUGGUUACAAUGGAUCCUUGCAAGGGUAUUCACAGCAUACCCCUACACAAGGUUUUCUUUCUAGCUCAGGGUUCCCAGUAAAAGGGUCUCCUGAUUCUUUUACCUCUGGCACUUCUUCCCCUAUUACUUCUGACUAUUUAGGUCAUCAUGGGAACCUCAUGGGAGCACCACCUGUAUCAGCUGCACCUACAAUAGCAGGGCAGUCUCUUCCAGCUGAACAGGAGCUGUACAGUCAGUAUGGGCAAGGAGAUAUACACAAUGGGCCAGUAACAAAUCAGAUGCAAAGACCUCCAGUGUCAAUGCGAUAUAUGCAACCAGGUACAGGACCACAAGCAGCAAGUUUUCAGCCAUAUACUCCAUCAUCAGCCAGUGCACAGCAACAGCAACUGACCAAUCAAAUGAUGGGAAUGCAAAUUGGUAACAUUGCAGCAUCAACACCAACAUCAACAGCAAUGGGUUAUGGUUCUCAGAAUCCUCUGCAGCCCAGUUCAGGAAACUUUCCUACUGCAGGAUCCGGCUUUCAACCUUCAUAUUCCAAUAGCCAAGGUCCUCCUCCAAUAAAUUUGACACAGGGAAUGCCUCCUACUAGUCUGCCUCAAAGCCAACCACCACAGCAGCGUUUUGCCAGUGGACCACCUCCACAGAACCUUCCUUCUUCACAAGCUCCAGGUUUCCCUCCACCAUCAGCUGCUCAAAUGCCACCAAGUUAUGUGUCUCCUUCUGGAGGUCCUCAACAACCAGUAACACAGGGUCCACCUUUGUCUGGACAGGCUCUACCUGCUCCCCCAUUAGCUCAUCCAAACCUUGCUUCCCCUACACAACCACCAAUGCCUGGAGUUCCACUAAUACCUACAAUGACUGGUCCUCAGGGACCACCCCCUCAUAUGCCAUCCAGUCAGGAUGGAUUUUCUCAGCAGAAUGGUUCAUUUGGGCAGGUCAAGGGUCCUCAGCCAGGAUAUCCUGUGACGUACCCACGUGCUCCAAACUAUGGCAGCCAACCAGGACUCCAAGGUCCUCCUGCACCACCACCACCAGCUCCACAAAAAAGACUCGACCCAGAUUCCAUUCCCAGUCCUCAAGCUAAUGAACUGCCACCCCAGCAGAAAACAAGGCACAGAAUAGACCCAGAUGCAAUUCCUAGUCCAAUCCAGGUCAUAGAAGAUGACAAAAACAACAGAGGCUCGGAGCCUUUUAUUACUGGGCAAAGAGGUCAAGUUCCACCACUUAUAACUACUAAUGUCUUAGUCAAAGAUCAAGGAAAUACAAGUCCCCGCUAUAUCAGAUGCACUUCCUACAACUUUCCUGCUAGUUCGGACAUGGCAAAACAGUCCCAGGUACCUCUGGCUGCUGUUAUUAAACCUUUGGCUACUCUUCCACCAGAUGAGUUACCACCUUUCUUAGUUGAUCAUGGAGAGACUGGUCCCAUUCGGUGUAAUAGAUGCAAGGCCUAUAUGUGCCCCUUUAUGCAGUUCAUCGAAGGUGGGAGGAGAUUUCAAUGCUGCUUCUGCAGUUGUGUUACAGAAGUACCAACACAUUACUUUCAGCAUUUGGAUCACACAGGCAGAAGGGUUGACUGUUAUGAGAGGCCUGAACUAUCUAUGGGUUCUUACGAGUUUACAGCAACUGUAGAUUACUGUAAGAAUAACAAGACACCGAAUCCACCUGCUUUCAUCUUUAUGAUUGAUGUGUCUUACAAUGCUGUAAAGAGUGGCUUGGUGGCAUUAGUUUGUGAAGAACUGAAGCAACUUGUGGAUUACUUACCACGGGAAGGAAGCAUGGAAGAGUCGGUUAUCCGGGUGGGUUUUGUAACCUACAACAAAGUCCUGCACUUUUAUAAUGUGAAAAGCUCUCUGGCUCAGCCACAGAUGAUGGUUGUGUCAGAUGUAUCCGAUAUGUUUGUUCCGCUGCUGGAUGGUUUUCUUGUGAAUGUGAAUGAAUCUAGAACAGUUAUCAACAGCCUGUUAGAUCAGAUUCCUGAAUUAUUUGCUGACACAAGAGAAACAGAGACUGUGUUUGCUCCUGUUAUUCAAGCUGGUUUAGAAGCACUGAAGGCAGCAGAUUGUGCUGGAAAGCUGUUCAUUUUUCAUACAACGCUACCUAUUGCUGAAGCCCCUGGAAAGCUUAAAAACAGAGAUGAUAAAAAGCUGGUCAACACAGACAAAGAAAAGAUACUGUUCCAGCCUCAAACAAAUUUCUACAACAACUUAUCUAAGGAUUGUGUUGCCCAGGGAUGUUGUGUAGACUUGUUCCUGUUUCCCAAUCAGUUCCUGGACGUAGCCACCCUUGGUGUGGUCCCAUUCCAAACUGGUGGUUCUGUUUACAAGUACACUUUCUUUCAGCCGGAAACUGAUAAAGAACGAUUUUUAAAUGACCUGCGAAGGGAUGUACAAAAAGAAAUUGGAUUUGAUGCAGUGAUGAGAGUCAGGACUAGUACUGGCAUCCGGGCCACAGACUUCUUUGGUGCUUUUUAUAUGAGCAACACAACUGAUGUGGAAUUAGCUGGACUGGAUUGUGAUAAAACAAUAACGGUGGAAUUCAAACAUGAUGAUAAAUUGAAUGAAGACACCGGUGCCCUUCUUCAGUGUGCAAUACUGUACACAAGCUGUGGGGGGCAGCGUAGACUUCGUGUUCACAACAUGGCUUUGAAUUGCUGCACACAAUUGGCUGAUCUUUACCGUAACUGCGAAACUGACACCCUCAUCAACUACUUUGCAAAGUUUGCUUUUCGGGGAGUCCUGAGCAACCCAACAAAGACUGUACGAGACACCCUGAUAAAUCAGUGUGCUCAGAUUUUAGCCUGUUAUCGUAAAAACUGCGCAAGUCCUUCAUCUGCUGGGCAGCUUAUACUCCCAGAAUGCAUGAAACUGCUUCCUGUAUACCUAAACUGCGUGCUCAAAAGUGAUGUGCUGCAACCAGGGGCUGAGAUGACCAUCGACGACCGGACUUAUAUCCGCCAGCUUGUUUCUUCCAUGGAUGUUGCAGAUUCAAAUGUCUUUUUUUAUCCUCGACUGCUACCCUUAUCAAAAAUGGACCCUUCCAACGAUUCCUUACCUGUAGCUAUCCGUUCAUCAGAAGAGCGUCUCUCAAAGGGUGAAAUGUAUCUCCUAGAGAAUGGUCUAAACUUGUUUGUAUGGGUUGGGGCAAAUAUUCAACAGUCUUUGAUUCAGAACCUGUUUAACGUAUCUUCCUUCAGUCAGAUAGACAGUAGCAUGAGUGCACUGCCAGUUCUAGAUAAUCCAAUUUCAAAUAAAAUACGGGGUAUUAUUACAAUGUUCAGAGCACAGAGGCCACGUUAUAUGAAGCUGAUUAUUGUGAAACAGGAUGACAAGAUCGAGAUGCUCUUCAAACACUUGUUGGUAGAAGACAAGAACCUGAAUGGAGGGGCUUCAUAUGUAGACUUCCUAUGUCACAUGCACAAGGAGAUCAGACAACUUCUAAGUUAAAAACAAAAGGAAGCAGCUGUGCACUCCUAGACACGUGAUGUUUCACUAACCACCUUGGUCUGUUAACUUUGCUACUACAACCAGGACAGCAGCAGCUUAUUUUUCCUCUUCCACUGUACUAUCAAAAUCUAUAAACCUCCUGUAAAAGGCCACUUUUAUAAAGAAGUGGGAGGUUAAAAACAAAGUCACAAAAGGCCAGAGGGAAUAUUUAAAAAGAUUGUGAAAGUACCUAGAAAGGAGCCCAAACACCAAAAUUCCUUGGUAAUAUUGUCACAAUGAAUGUAGUGUCUUGACUUGGAAGAAAUCAUUUUUUGAAAUACACUGGUAAUUGCCUAAAUAGCUUUGUCUGCCUUUCACAAAUGAUAGUUGUACUCGUGGCAGCACCAAUGAACUAGUUGGGUAAACGUAUAAAGGAAUCUACAGUAUGCUGUGAUGACAUCAUUUCUGAAGUUGUGCCUGGCAAUAUAAACUGUAACCCCACCCUUUCACCCAUGUUUUUUUUUUUUAUUCAGCUUGUCACAGUAUGAGAACGGAUAAUGAAAGUACUCUACUGUCUAUACCAUUACUAUACAUUGCAUUACCAUUACAGUUGUGCAGAGAAAGCAACAUUUGGGGCGCUGAAGGUGUAACUGAGCUUAAACGUGAUUGUUACUAUAAAACAUAAUAUACCCCUUUUAAAGAUAACAUCUAGCAACACUUUAUUUUUCUAUAAAGAAUUAAAUCAUCCAUCUUUAAUUUUCUUCUGGAUUUUACCUCAUUUGUUCUUGUUGAAAAUGUGGUUCUGUACUUCAUUUAGUAUUGUUGCCUAUUAGCAGUCCUUGUGGUAAAGGCAGAGAAUCCUCUGUUUUCUAUAAGUCUCAUAUGCAAUGCACUGGGAGGGCUAGUUUGUUUUUUUUUUUUUUUUGUAUUUUUUAAGCUGACUAGUUUUUACUGUAGCUUAUCCAGCUAGUUUUUGUCUAGGUUCAUGAGGCAAGUAUCCACCUUCAGCAGCAAGAAAUGGAAAUUCUGAAUUUUCUGGAACUUACACAAUCUACUAAAUUAUUUAUUACUCAAUGAAACUACUUAAGCCUGCAGUCAUACUGCCCUGCACACUCAUGGGGAGUUAAAGAAUUGAAAAUGCUAUUUAAAAAGUCCAGCUAAUCAGUUUUCCUCUUCUGCAGAGGGUGAAAAAACACCAAACAAGGAACUUUAUAUAAUGUUAUGUGUAACUUAUGUCGGAAAUAGUCUGUUUUUGUUUUAGUGGUAAGACAUAAGACACUUGACAGCACACAGGCAUCAAGUCCAAACAUAGUGAUUAUAUCUUGUGAAGAAUCAGUGAAAAUGUGUCACUAUAUAAACCCUUUUCCUGCAAGACAGCCACGAAAAACAUUUUAAAAAGCAUUUCCGCAGUUCUACUGUAUUUAUUAUAUACACAAGGUUCCUAAUCUAAUGACCUUCAGGAUGAUGCACCUUUGCAAUAUUUACAUGGCAAACAUUACAAGCUCUGAAGAUACUUUGGACCUACACUCAAGACUUAAAGGACUCUUUCUUUUAUUUCUAUAUUUGUGUGUGUGUUUUUUUUCUUUUGAGACUGGUAAAAAUGAACAAAAAUUUGACUUAUAUGCACUUGACUUUGUAAUGCGCAUAGAAAUCACUUUAUAAGAGCCCUCAUUUACAUUGUGGAGGGUUGGUAUAAUAUUUACAUGCUCGCCUUACCUAGGAAAUUGGAUCACAACAGAAAUUCCUUCACCUCUGAAGCAUAUGUGGCACUUUUAGAUAAUACAGCUGUCUAGUAAAUUGAAUAUUUAGCAUUAUAUUCUCCUAGCUUUUUUUAUCCAAUGGCUUCUCCUGUGUGUCACAUUGCAAAAAGUGAAGGACCAUGAUUUCUGAGACCGUCUCUUCAACCUCAGAUUGAGAACCUUCGAUGCAACGUGGUUUUUGCUCAUUCAGCCAUCAGUAUUUUUUUUCUCAAGCAAAGAAAACAUAAGGAAACUGAGGCCUUAGCAGCCUUAUACACUAAUGCUUCGUAUUAACUGCUCUGAUCCAACAGGGAAAUGAUUAUAAAUUAUAUACAUAUUCUUUUCUUCAUUGUGUUUGUUUUGCCAAGUCAUAUUUUAAUUUGUAAAGAAAUAAAUGAAAUAAAUUCAGAUGUAUUUUA